AUGAUCAUCAAACAAUUGGACGGACGGCGACCGCCUCUUGCUGCGCAUCUUGCGAGACUGUACUGGCACUGUCGGGUGCUAGCCGACUACUGUCGAGUGGAGACAUGGACACACCACUACCGCACCUACAACAAAAUUGCUGAUGCCCUCGCCAGCAUGGCGAUGUAUACACACGCGAGCAAGCAGCUGGCCGACACCGGGCGGGGUCUGCCGCCCGGGCACUGGGACAUCGCCCUUCAAAGCGUGAAUCGUGAUAUCGGUGAGUGGCAAAUUGGGAAGCCUCAGCUACUGGAACGAAUUGAUAGGACUGGUCAUCCUCAGGAGAGACGGCACAAUCACAGCUAA